CAACAUCAACAACAACAAAGAUGCCGAGGUCAACAUCAACAACAACAAAGAUGCCGAGGUCAACAUCAACAAAAAUGCCGAGGUCAACAUCAACAGAAAUGCGGAGGUCAACAUCAACAGAAAUGUCGAGGUCAACAUCAACAACAGGAAUGCCAAGGUCAACAUCAACAACAACAAAAACAACUGAAAGGACGUCAACCGCAGUAGCUGAAACUACCACGAAGAUGACAGCCAUUUUAGAGGAACAGACGACAACAAUCAAAACAACAACUACAACUAAAAAAAUGAUUACACGUCAGAAGACGACCGUUGUACCGUCAACCACUCCAACCACUACCGCAAAAGUGACCACCAAAUCGUCCAGCAGUACUGGCGGAUCGAAAGCACGCCGGCCAGGCUCGCGGAUACCGAAGGUGUUUGACGACGCGUCAGGUAACCAGGACAACGGCAAUCCCGAGGAGAACGCGAUCAACGUGUUCGGUAGCACAGGGUCAGCGUCGGUAACGCCGGCCACAACGACACUGAGCGGUACAACGACGAGCUGGCUGUUCGGCCUGAUGAACACGACAAGCGAAUUUAGUUCGUCUGGAAGUGGGUCAUAUCUUGAGCGCGAGGACCCUCCAAUAGGGAAUUCUGUCAACAACAGGAAAAAUCAUCUUAAACCGCGCCGACGGCUAGGUUCCCUCAGCCCAGUCAAAAUCGACGUGUCGAGCCCUGAGGAAUUAGCAGGAGUAGCUGUUAAUGCUAAGGUCCUGCACUUGUUCCUUGGUGGGCCAAAUUCGACUUCACUACAUGACUCCGUGGUAACGGUAGCUAAAGCUGUUAAUCAGUACAACAACUAUUAUCGAAAACGUAAAAGGUAAUGGGUAAUUAAAUUGGCUUUUAAUAAUAAAAUUAUUAACGAACAAUACAUACGUAUAUCGAAGAGCUUAUGACGAGAUUUAUCAAGCAAAAAAAAGUCGCAGGAAUAGCGCUAGCCUUGUACGUACACGCGUAGUAUUACAUAUAUUACGGAAAAGCCGCAUGACGAUCACGCGGUGGCAUCGGCGGCUAGGCCUCUGGUUGAAAGUGAGCAAGUUUGGGCGUAAUUAUGUUUCCUCUUAUUUCUUGGAACGGGUGCGGUAUAGAGGUACCUUAUCACGCCGUGCACCAAGAGACGAUAUGGCAGGACCAUAUAUGGCGCACAUUGUUACAUUCUCUCUAAAACAGUUGAAGUUGAACAACCCUCGCCAACCGUUGUAAUGCGCAGUGAUGAAAUAAGCAAAGUUUACUGUUCGAUGGAAGUUAUAAUAUGUAGCGGAUGAAUGAAAUUAAUAGCAAAAAUGGUUAUUUGUCUGACAUGUGAAACUUUUGUGACUUGACGUUAUGUUCUAGAUGCAGCUUGCAUUUUGUUGUUGUUAAUGUGUGCAUCUGUAGAUCGGUUCUGCAUGUUAUAUGAAGUAUACACGUGUUAAUAAAAAAACAUGCUAUUAUGGUUUGCAAUCCGGUUUACUUAUU